AUGGCCAACAUUGUGGCAGGGGGCGUGCAGAAGGUCCAAGAAGCAGUGCAGGGCGCUGCGUCAAAGGAUAAGAAGCUAGUAGAUCUAGCCCCCGACACGACUAAUGUACAAACCAGCAAGCUGCCGCUGACCACCGACCAUGGUGUGCGCAUCAGCGAUACGGACCAUUGGCUGAGGCCCGUAGAUGACAAACAUUCGGGACCAAUGAUGCUGGAAGACCAGAUCGCAAGAGAAAAGAUUCACCGCUUCGAUCAUGAGCGCAUUCCCGAGAGAGUCGUUCAUGCGCGAGGCACCGCUGCGUUUGGAAACUUCAAACUUCACGAAAGUGCCGAAGAUGUAUCUCAUGCAGGUAUCCUGACGGAUACCUCCCGGAAUACUCCGGUCUUCCUUCGUUUCUCCACUGUCCAGGGCAGUAAGGGAAGCGCUGACACGGUCCGUGAUGUUCGUGGCUUUGCGGUCAAAUUUUACACAGAUGAAGGAAACUGGGAUCUUGUAGGAAACAACAUCCCAGUAUUCUUCAUUCAGGAUGCCAUCAAAUUCCCAGACUUUGUCCAUGCCGUCAAGCCAGAGCCACAUAACGAAGUGCCUCAGGGCCAAACUGCGCAUAAUAACUUUUGGGAUUUUGUCUAUCUUCACCCAGAGGCUACCCAUAUGUAUAUGUGGGCUAUGUCCGACCGGGCUAUUCCCCGAUCAUAUCGGAUGAUGCAAGGCUUUGGCGUCAACACCUACAGUCUCAUCAACAAGGAAGGAAAGCGCCAUUUCGUCAAAUUCCAUUUCAUCCCCCACUUGGGAGUGCAUUCGUUAGUCUGGGACGAAGCCCUGAAGCUUGCGGGCCAGGACCCAGACUUCCAUCGCAAGGACCUCAUGGAGGCCAUUGACAAUAAGGCAUACCCAAAGUGGGAUUUCGCCAUCCAGGUCAUCCCCGAGGAGAAGCAGGAUGAUUUCGAGUUUGACAUCUUCGACGCGACGAAGAUCUGGCCAGAAGAACUAGUCCCACUGCGCGUCAUCGGCGAACUGGAACUGAACCGCAACGUCGACGAGUUCUUCCCGCAGACCGAACAAGUGGCAUUCUGCACCAGCCAUAUCGUCCCCGGCAUCGAUUUCAGCGAUGACCCGCUCCUUCAGGGUCGGAAUUUCUCCUACUUCGAUACCCAGAUCAGCCGACUGGGCAUCAACUGGGAAGAGAUCCCCAUCAACCGCCCCGUCUGUCCGGUCCUCAACCACAACCGAGACGGCGCUAAACGCCACCGCAUCGCCCAAGGCACCGUCAACUACUGGCCCAACCGCUUCGAGGCUGGCCCCCCUGCGCCCGUCGAACAGGGCGGUUUUGCGUCCUAUCCUGCGAAGCUGAGCGGUUUGAAGCAGCGCGCUCUCAGCCCCAAGUUCCGAGAACAUCACAACCAAGCCCAGCUGUUCUACAACUCCCUUUCAGCGCACGAGAAGGUCCACGUCAAGAAGGCCUUUGGCUUCGAGCUGGACCACUGCGAUGACCCCAUAGUCUACGAACGCCUCGCCGGCCACCGUCUAGCCGAGAUCGAUCUCAAGCUCGCCCAGGAAGUCGCCGAGCUCGUCGGCGCUCCAAUCCCGGAUAAGGCGCUCCGGCCCAACCAUGGAAAACGCAGCAAGCACCUAUCGCAGACCGAGUUCCCCGGGAAACAACCAACUAUUGCCUCACGCCGAAUCGCCAUCAUCAUCGGCGAUGGAUACGAUCCUAUCGCUUUCAAUGGUCUCAAGGGCGCCAUCACGGCGGCUGGCGCCUUGCCGUUUGUUAUUGGCACGAAGAGGUCGCCUAUCUAUGCUGAUGGCGAGUCCAAGUCGUCCUCCAAGGGUAUCGUCCCCGACCAUCAGUAUGACGGACAGCGCUCGACGAUGUUCGACGCGACCUUCGUCCCCGGUGGUCCGCAUGUAGAGAGCCUCAAGUGCAAUGGCCAGAUCCGCUACUGGAUUGUAGAGACAUUUGGUCAUCUCAAGGCUUUGGGCGCCACCGGGGAAGCAGCGGCUCUUAUCAAGGAGGUGCUGGGCGCUACGCUUGAUGUGAAGGUUGCGACGUCUGAUAACCCGCAGCCGGUUGAGUGGUAUGGUGUUAUCACCGCGGGGAAGAUCCAAAAGCCCGAGAGCUUCAAGGAAGGUGUGCAGAUUGUGAAGGAUGCUAAGGAUUUCAUUGGGACUUUCUUCUACCAGAUCAGUCAGCACCGGAAUUUUAAGCGUGAGCUGGAUGGCCUCAGUUCUACGGUUGCGUUCUAAUCGUCCGGCUUAUUUGUUUGCACGCAUUAUGGGUUAUGUCAAGGGCAAAAGUGGCGUUUUUUAGUUGAUCGGUCAUCACUGUAAUGAUUUAUGGCUCUAAUGGUGGGCAAAU